CUUUUCUCCACCUGCACUUCAUCCUCUUGUCAGACCAGCUUGUAUCUAAGUCCUGUUUUUCAGACAAGUCAGCCAAUGCAUAAGCCUGCAGCUCAUCUUGCAUCCGCUCUCACUUUCUCCCCCCCUUGCCUCAGUUCCUCCUUCUCUCUGCUCACUAACAGACACUUCUCAUACCUCUUUCUCUUCCCUUCCUUCCUCCCCUUCUUCCUUACCUUCUCACCCACACCUCAUCGUCCUCAUCCUCAAGCCGCCAUGGUGAACAGAUAACCGCCCGGCCGUCCUGAGACCAUGGGUGCCUGCCUCUGCAAAGGUCACAAAGAGUUCCAUCAUCCCAUGACAGCACAGCAGGACCAGAUUGUGGAGGGUCAGCCAUCCUCUGCCAAGGAUGGCCACAAUCCUUCCAACGGCAGUGUGGCUGAUAAAACCAAUGGCUAUGAUAUCGGCGAGCUGGCCACCUCCUCUUUAAUGGGGCUGGUGGCCACGAUAAAGGAGCAUAUCACUCAGCCGACGGCGAUGGCCCAGGGGCGAGUUGCUCACCUGAUUGAGUGGAAAGGUUGGGGCGGAGGCAGCGAGGCCAGGGGAGGCGGGGGCAGCUGGAGCGGGGCCUGGGGUAAAGGAGGCGGAGGCUGGGGGGGGAUGGGUGCAGAGCUGCAGGAGGAUGAACAAUUCUACUCCCAAAUGACAGACGAGAUCAAGGAAGCUCGCUUCGCUGCAGGAGUAGCAGAGCAGUUUGCCCUAGCAGAGGCAUCAAUGAAUGUGUGGUCGAUGAACGACAGCUUGGAGCAGCCCUCCACCAGUUUACAAGCAGCACAAAGCCACUUCUUGUCCCAGUUCCUGCUGGAUGGCGGAAGCGUCAGCGUUCCCCAACACCUGUACAGCAUCCAUGCCCAGACUUAUGGCGACAGCAGGGCGGCCAAUCUAGCCCCACCACCAAUGGCAGAUUCCAUUUCUUCAACGUCCAACACCCAGCAGAACAGGGAUCGUCCCCAAGGGGACAGAAGCACUACAACUGCAGAGGCUGCAGUCCGACACGUAGAUAGCAGCUCGCUAUCCGAAGAUGACGUUUUUUAUAACUAGGCUCAACAGGAAAACAAGCCAGCAGUCUUGAUGGCUAACACUAAAAUGAGCGUCACUGAGGGGACUUGAGUCUCAGCCACCAGCAGCGACUGCUACAAGAAAAAAACGCAGACAUGUGUAAGAUAUCUCAAGAGGCAAUUCUUCAAAUGGCUCGUCUGGGAGGGUUUCAGCACCUGGUCUUCAGCUACAAAGACUACAAAUUGUAUUUUCUCCCCACUUGAGGUGUAUACUUUUGUGAAUGUACAGAGUUCCAUUGUUACAUUUUAAUUUUUUAUUCGAUGUACAUUAAACACUUUCAUAUUAUGGAUAGAGCUGUUAAGA